AUGGCAAGCGCACCCCGUCCAAGGUGCUCUUUGCAGGAGACCAUCCAACGGGGUCAAUUCUACGACAUGGACGAGAAGACUCUCCUUUACCAGAUUUCUGAAGCCUUCGGUCCGGAACUUGCUCGCCUCAAAAAUGCUGUUGCUGUCGAGGGCAACGAAGAACAACGUAGCUCGAAUGGUACUGUAGAUGCUCCCAGUCCCUCGCAGAUACUUUACGGUUCCAACUAUGACGAAGUCAAUCGGACCCUGGUCGGAAUUUUGGCUCUCCGAUGGAUUCACAACGGCGACUACCAGCGCUUUACAACCGGCCAGUUGGUAGAAUUUCGGUUGACUGAGGACUCUUUCCAGGCUCUCCGUAAGCUUUUCACGGAUAAUGUACAAACACCAGAUGAUCUUUUUACGCUGGUCCUUUCUAUGAUAAUUAAUGACCUUGGAAAGGAUCCAAAUCUCAAGAACGAUUUUACCAAAGCGACGCGCGCAGAAAUCUCUGAUCAGAAUCACGAUUCUAUCUUACUCGAAGCUGCAAAUGCCGACAUGAUCCCUGCACUGCGGUACCUCGACGCAGAAAAAAAGGCAGAAGUUAUGAAAGGACUGGAACUAGGGUCGGAGCUCAAUGCAGGCCAGCUAGCUCAAGCCGAGAGCGUUCCCUUCAACCUAGAAGGACUGUACAACAUGCGUGGUCAUCAACAUGCUUUUGAACUCAAGUUCUUGGAACAAGUCUUGGAUGUUGCCGGGGCUUCCGGGCACCUGUAUUCCAAAGGCUCCAAGAACUUCAUCGAGCCAGUCUUCCAGGCUUUCAAAACCGUUCAUGAAGUAUCAACCGAUAUCAUCGCGGGCAAAUCGACAUUACGAGAGGGCUACGACAAAGUUCUCAUUAAGCGUGGUAACAUGCUCUAUGGCAAGGGCUUCCGGAGGCUAAGUGUCAGUAACGACGAGGAAAGAGCUCUCCUGCGGUUACUGACCAUGGGCCGUACAGCGGAUGUGGAACAAGCGAAAUUGUUCUCCAAUGCAUUUCAUGCUCUCGCUAAGCAGGACAAGGACAAGCUGAUUGCUGGCUUGAAUGUGGAUGGCAACGUAAAUGAGACUGCUGUGCUCCCAUACUACAUGCCUGCAAUCUUGUCUAAAACCUUGGAAACAACCAGAGACUCCGGCGAAGAAGGUCGGCGCAAGGCGCUCACAAGCCUGAUGCGCUAUCUUGCCAAAGUGUUAGAAAAAGGCUCAAGCCUUCAAGUGGUUCCGGAAGAUAUUGGGUUCACGGUCAGUGGAGAAGUUCCUGGGAUUAUUAUCGAGAGGAACAUGUCCAAAGCCCAAGAGGUCAUCAGCAGCCCGGAAUUCAAGCUCAAUCCAGACCUGCUUGAUCAACUAGACAUCCCAGACGGACAGGUGCUAGUGCGACGACGGACGAGCCAAUCUAUGUGA